UUGAACAUAUAGUACUAUACUACUACUAAAUCGCAAGAUAUUGCUCUUUCUCUCUCUCACUCUCUCCCGUUGUUGUGAGUGCUCAAAUCAAUGGCGUCGCGGGACAACAAGAAGGCAUCCAGUAGUCGAGCUGGAAGAAUUCGCCCUCUUUCCGAUCUGAACCGACCAUCCGCUGAUUCCGACAGCGACUCCGAUGGCCCUCAAGAGUAUUACACCGGCGGCGAGAAAAGUGGAAUGCUUGUCCAGGACCCUUCAAAAGGAAAUGAUGUGGAUGCAAUUUUCAACCAAGCUAGGCAACUUGGAGCUGUGGAAAGGCCUCUUGAUCAGCUUCAGGAACCUCCAAGGUCAACAAGCUUUACUGGAACUGGCAGGUUACUCUCAGGAGAAACUGUGCAGUCUACUUCUCAAUCUCAGCAACCUGAAUCUAUUGUUCACAACAUUGUUUUUUGGAGUAAUGGUUUCACCGUAAAUGAUGGACCUUUGAGGAGAUUGGAUGAUCCUACAAAUGCCUCAUUUUUGGAGAGCAUUAAAAAAUCUGAAUGCCCCAAAGAGCUUGAACCUGAAGAUAGGAAGUCAUCUGUAAAUGUCAACCUCAUAAGGAGGAAUGAGAACUAUCGUGAACCCGAAAAGAGCCAAGCUUCAUUUCAGGGAGUGGGAAGAACACUUGGGAGCAGCUCCACUUCAACCGCACCAGAGACCCACAACGCCCCCACCUCAGCUCCGCCCCCUUCUGCUGGUCUGGUGGUUGAUCAGUCACUGCCAUCAACUUCAAUACAACUCAGGUUAGCGGAUGGAACCCGCUUGAUAUCACAUUUCAAUUAUCACCACACAAUCGGUGACAUUCGUGGCUUCAUUGAUGCGUCUAGACCUGGGGGUCGGCGGAAUUAUCAACUUCAGCUGAUGGGUUUCCCCCCAAAGGUUUUAGCUGAUGAAACACAAACUAUAGAGCAAGCAGGAUUGGCAAAUUCAGUUGUGAUGCAAAAGUUUUAGAAAACUUCUGCAUCAAAGUCUUAUUCCAUUAGUUAUAUAUGCUGCAUAGAAAUGAUAUGCUGCAUAGAAAUGAUGAACAAAAACAAAUAGGAAAAUUAUGUAGUCUUGAGGGGAUAUAUCUUAUUUUUGUGACUCAAGCUUUCUCAUAUACUAUAUUUGCUUUAGGAUCAGUUAGUGGCUUAUCUUUGGACUUAAUUAUGUGUUAUGAUAUAAUUGUGUUGUGUCUCCAUACUAGCUGGGCCUAAUGGCUGGAUUUGAUAUUUUUAUUGAAUAGUUCUUUAAAGUGUAGAAUAAUCCUCA